AUGUCUCUCUCUCUCUCUCUCUCUCUCUCUCUCUCCACAUUUACUUUUUGGGAUAAUAUUAAUCACUUUUUGCCUUCUCCAUUUUUAUCUGCUUUCUUCCUUCCUUCAUUUCUUUCUUCCUUUCUUCAUUCCUUUUAUUAUUCCUUUCUUUCUUUCUUUCUUUCUUUCUUGCGUUCGUUCGUUCUUUCUUUCUUUUCUUCUUUCUUUCUUCAAUUUGUCCUUCUUUCCAUGUAUAUCUGCUUCCGACCUUCCUUCGUAAUUUUCUUUCUUCCUUCCUUUCUUUCUCCAUUUCUUUCAAUUUUCCUGCCUUUCUUCCGUUCUUUCUUUCAUUCUUCAAUUCGUCCUUCCUUCAAUUCCUUAUCUGCUUCCUUCCUUCCUUCCUUCCUUUCUUUCCUGAUUAUCUUUCUUUCAUCCUUCUUUCAUUUCUUUCUUCAUGCCAUGCUGUCAUUUUUCUUUCGUUUUUUUCUUCCUUCUUUUCAUUCUCUUUCUUUCUUAUUUAUAUCUCCUUCCUUCCUUCUUUCUUUCUUUCUUUCUUUCUUUCUGUCUUUCUUUCGUCAUCAUGCCAUCCUUUCACUCAUCCUUCUUUUCAUUCUCUUUCUUUCUUAUUUAUAUCUCCUUCCUUCUUUCUUUCUUUCUUUCUUUCUUUCGUCAUCAUGCCAUCCUUUCACUCUUCCUUCUUUCAUUCUCUUUCUUUCUUAUUUAUAUCUCCUUCUUUCUCUCUUUCUUUCUUUCCUUCUUUCUUUCGUCAUCAUGCCAUCCUUUCACUCUUCCUUCUUUUCAUUCUCUUUCUUUCUUAUUUAUAUCUCCUUCUUUCUUUCUUUCUUUCUUUCGUCAUCAUGCCAUCCUUUCACUCUUCCUUCUUUUCAUUCUCUUUCUUUCUUAUUUAAAUCUCCUUCUUUCUUUCUUUCUUUCUUUCUUUCUUUCUUUCUUUCUUUCUUUCGUCAUCAUGCCAUCCUUUCACUCUUCCUUCUUUUCAUUCUCUUUCUUUCUUAUUUAUAUCUCCUUCCUUCUUUCUUUAUUUCUUUCUUUCUUUCUUUCUUUCUUUCUAUCUUUCUUUCUUUCUUUCUUUCGUCAUCAUGCCAUCCUUUCACUCUUCCUUCUUUUCAUUCCCUUUCUUUCUUAUUUAUAUCUCCUUCUUUCUUUCUUUCUUUCUUUCUUUCUUUCUUUCUUUCUUUCUUUCGUCAUCAUGCCAUCCUUUUUCUCUUCCCUCUUUGCAUUCUCUUCCUUUCUUAUUUAUAUCUCCAUCCUUCUUUCUUUCUUUCUUUCGUUCUUUCGUCAACAUGCCAUCCUUUCACUCCUCCUUCUUUUCAUUCUCUUUCUUUCUUAUUUAUAUCUCCUUCCUUCUUUCUUUUUUUCUUUUUUUCGUCAUCAUGCCAUCCUUUCACUCUUCCUUCUUUUCAUUCUCUUUCUUUCUUAUUUAUAUCUAGUUCCUUUCUUCUUUCUUUCUUUCUUUCUUUCUUUCUUUCUUUUUUUCGUCAUCAUGCCAUCCUGUCAUUCUUCCUUCUUUUCAUUCUCUUUCUUUCUUAUUUAUAUCUCCUUCCUUCUUUCUUUCUUUCUUUCUUUCUUUCUUUCUUUCGUCAUCAUGCCAUCCUUUCACUCUUCCUUCUUUUCAUUCUCUUUCUUUCUUAUUUAUAUCUCCUUCCUUCUUUCUUUCUUUCUUUCUUUCUUUCUUUCUUUCGUCAUCAUGCCAUCCUUUCACUCUUCCUUCUUUUCAUUCUCUUUCUUUCUUAUUUAUAUCUCCUUCAUUCUUUCUUUCUUUCUUUCUUUCUUUUUCUUUCUUUCUUUUCUUCAUCAUUUCCAUCCUUUCACUCUUCCAUCUUUUCAUUCUCUUUCUUUUCUUAUUUAUAUCUCCUUCCUUAUUUCUUUUGUUUCUUUCUUUAUUUCGUCAUCAUGCCAUCCUUUCAUUCUUCCUUCUUUUCAUUCUCUUUUUUCUUUCUUUCUUAUAUCUCCUUCCUUCUUUCUUUCUUUUUCUUUUUUUUCGUCAUCAUUUCCAUCCUUUUCACUCUUCCUUUCUUUUCAUUCUCUUUCUUUCUUUCUUUCUUUAUAUCUCCUUCCUUCUUUCUUUUCUUUCUUUCGUCAUCAUGCCAUCCUUUCCUCUUCCUUCUUUUUUUUCUUCUCUUUCUUUCUUAUUUAUAUCUCCUUCCUUCUUUCUUUCUUUUCUUUCUUUCUUUCUUUCUUUCGUCAUCAUGCCAUCCUUUCCUCUUCCUUCUUUUCAUUCUCUUUUCUUUCAUAUUUGUAUCUCCUUCCUUCUUUCUUUCUUUCUUUCUUUCUUUCUUUCUUUCGUCAUCAUGCCAUCCUUUCACUCUUCCUUCUUUUCAUUCUCUUUCUUUCUUAUUUAUAUCUCCUUCCUUCUUUCUUUCUUUCUUUCUUUCUUUCUUUCUUUCGUCAUCAUGCCAUCCUUUUCACUCUUCCUUCUUUUUACAUUCUCUUUCUUUCAUUCUUUAUAUCUCCUUCCUUCUUUCUUUCUUUCUUUCUUUCUUUCUUUCUUUCUUUCUUUCGUCAUCAUAUUCAUCCUUUCCUCUUCCUUCUUUUCAUUCUCUUUCUUUUCUUAUUUAUAUCUACUUCAUUCUUUCUUUCUUUCUUUCUUUCUUUCUUUCAUUCGUCAUCAUGCCAUUCUUUCCUCUUCCUUCUUUUCAUUCUCUUUCUUUCUUAUUUAUAUCUCCUUCCUUCUUUCUUUCUUUCUUUCUUUCUUUUCGUCAUCAUCAUGCCAUCCCUUUCACUCUUCCUUCUUUUCAUUCUCUUUCUUUCUUUUUAUAUCUCCUUCCUUCUUUUUUUUCUUUCUUUCUUUCUUUCUUUCGUCAUCAUGCCAUCCUUUUUACUCUUCCUUCUUUUCAUUCUCUUUCUUUCUUUUUUAUAUCUUCAUCAUUCUUUCUUUCUUUCUUUCUUUCGUCAUCAUGCCAUCCUUUCACUUUCCUUCAGUUAAGGCAUUCUCUUUCUUUCUUUUUAAAUCUCUUUCCUUCUUCCUUUCUUUCUUUCUUUCUUUCUUUCGUCAUCAAAUCCUUUCAUUUCUUCCUUCUUUUCAUUCUCUUUUCUUUCUUAUUUAUCCUCUCCUUUUCCUUCUUUAUUUUCUUUCUUUUUCAAAUCUUUCACUUUCUUUCAGCUCUUUCUUUUUUCAAAUCCUUUCAUUUCCUUCAUUCUUUCUUUCUCCUUUCUUUCUUUUUCCUUUUCUUCGUCAUUUCAUGCUAUCCUUUCCUUCUCUUCCUUCUUUUCAUUCUUUCUUUUCUAUUUUUAUAUCUCCUUCCUUCCUUCUUUCUUCCUUUCUUUCUUUCUUUCGUCAUCAUGCAGAAAAUUCCUCUUCCUUCUUUUCAUUCUCUUUCUUUCUUAUUUAUAUCUCCUUCCUUCUUUUUUCUUUCUUUCUUUCCUUUUCUUUCUUUCUCCUUUCUUUCAUUCAGUAUAAAGCCAUCCUUUCCUUUCAAAUCCUUUUCUUUUCCUUUCUUUCUUAUUUAUAUCACCUUCAAAUUCCUUUCUUUCUUUCUUUCUUUAUUUUUCAAAAUCCUUUCAAAUUCUUUCUUUUUCCUUUCUUAUAAGGCUUUCGUCAUCAUGCCAAUCUUUUCAAAUCCUUUCUUUUCAUUCUCUUUUCUUUCUUAUUUUAAAAUCCUUUCCUUCUUUCACUUUUUCAGUAUAAGGCAUCAUCAUGCCAUCCUUUCAAAUCUUUCUUCUUUUCUUCAGUUUAAGGCACAAGCAGAAAAUCCUUUCAAAUCCUUUCUUUCCUUCAGUAUAAGGCACAGCAUCCUUCUCCUUUCAAAUCCUUCUUUCUUUCCUUCAUCAUCAUGCCAAAAUCCUUUCAAAUCUUUUCACUUUUCAUUCUCUUUUCUUUAUUCCUUUUUAUCUCCUUCCUUUUUUUUUUCCUUUCUUUUCUUCGUCAUAAUGCCAUCCUUUCAUCUUCCUUCUUUUCAUUCUCUUUCCUUCAGUUUAAGGCACAGCAGAAAAUCUUUCAAAUUCUUUCACUUUCCUUCAGUAUUUCACUUCAGAAAAAUCAUUCAAAUCCUUUCACUUUCCUUCUUUUCAUUCUCUUCACUUUCUUAUUUUUCAAAUCCUUUCACUUUCUUUCUUUCUUUUUCUUUCUUUCUUUCAAAAGGCACUUUUCUUCCUUCGAAAUUCCUUUCAAAUCCUUUCACUUUCCUUCAGUAUCAUUCUCUUUUCUUUCAAAUUUUCACUUUCCUUCAGUAUAAGGCUUUCUUUCUUUUUUUCCUUUUCUUUCUUUUCUUCAGUAUAAGGCACUGCCAUCCUUUCCUUUUCUUUUCUUUCACUUUCCUUCAGUAUAAGGCACAGCAGAAAAUCCUUUCAAAAUUCUUUCACUUUCCUUCAGUAUUUCUUUCUUUUCUUUCCUUUCACUUUCCUUCAUAUUUAUAUCUCCUUCCUUUCUUUCUUUCUUUCCUUCUUUAUUUCACACAGCAUCAUUCAAAUCCUUUCACUUUCCUUCUUUUCAUUUCUCUUUCUUUCUUUCAUUUAUUUCAUCUUUCCUUCAGUAUUUCUUUGUUUUCAAAUCUUUCUUUUCCUUCAGUUAAGUCAUCAUGCCAUCCUUUCAAAUCCUUCCUUUCUUUUCAUUCUCUUUCUUUCACUUUCCUUUAUUCUCCUUCCUUCUUUCUUUCUUUUCUUUCCUUCUUUUAUUUCGUCAUCAUGCCAUCCUUUUCAAAUUCCUUUCUUUUCCUUCAGCACAGCAGAAAAUUCUUUCUUAUCCUUUCUCCUUCCAUCCUUCUUUAUUUCUUUCUUUCUUUCGUCCUUUCAUCCUUUCACUUUCCUUCUUUUAAUUCUCUUUCUUUCUUAUUUCCUUUCAUUUCCUUCCUUAAGGCUUUCUUUCUUUCUUUCUUUCACUUUCUUUCAGUCAUCACUGCCAUUCUUUCAAAUCCUUUCUUUCCUUCAGUUUUCACAGCAGAAAAUCCUUUCAAAUUUAUCUCUUUCCUUCAGUAUAAGGCACAGCAGAAAAUUCUUUCAAAUCCUUUCAUCAUUUCCUUCCUUUCAGGCACUGCAGAAAAAUCUUUUCAAAUCCUUUCACUUUCUUCAGUUUAUAUCUACUUCCUUCUUUCUUUCAAAUCUUUCACUUUCCUUCAGUAUAAUGCCAUUCUUUCACUCCUUCUUUUCAUUUCUCUUUCCUUCAGUAUAAGGCACAUCUCCUUCCUUUCAAAUCCUUUCACUUUCCUUCAUCUAAGGCACUCAGAAAAUCCUUUCAAAUCCUUUCACUUUCCUUCCUAUAAGGCACAGCAGAAAAUCUUUCAAAUCCUUUCACUUUCCUUCAGCACAGCAGAAAAUCCUUUCAAAUUUUUCACUUUCCUUCUUUAUUUCUUUUUUCAAAUCUUUCUUUCCUUCAUCAAGGCACAUCCUUUCAAAAUCCUUUCUUUUCAUUUCUCUUUCCUUCAGUAUAAGGCUCCUUCCUUCUUUCUUUCUUUCACUUUCCUUCAGUUAAGGCUUUCUUUCUUUCGUCAUCAAAUCCAUCCUUUCCUUCCAGUUAAGGCACUGCAGAAAAUUCUUUCAAAUCCUUUCACUUUCCUUCAGUAUUUCUUUCUUUCCUUUCAAAUCCUUUCACUUUCCUUCAGUAUAAGGCCAUCCUUUCAAAAUCUUUCAAAUCCUUUCAUUUUCCUUCUUUCUUAUUUAUAUCUACUUCAUCCUUUCUUUCCUUUCUUUCUUUCAGUUUUCUUUCAUUUAAGUCAUCAUGCCUUUCAAUCAUUCUUUCCUUUCCUUCCUUCUUUUUCAUUCCUUUCUUUCCUUCAUUUAUAUCUCCUUCCUUUCAAAUCCUUUCUUUCUUUUCUUUAUAAGGCGUCAUCAGAAAAUCCUUUCAAAUUCCUUUCAUUUCCUUCAUAUCUCCUUCAUUUCUUUCUUUCACUUUCCUUUCUUUUCGUCAAAUCAUUUCAAAUCCUUUCACUUUCCUUCUUUCAUUCUUUCAAAUCUUUCUUUCUUCAGUUAAGGCACAGCAGAAAAUCCUUUCAAAUCUUUCCUUUCCUUCUUUCUUUCUUUCUUUCGUCAUCAAAUCCUUUCAAAUCUUUUCACUUUCCUUCAUUCUCUUUCUUUCUUAAAAAUCCUUUCAAAUCCUUUCUUCUUUCUUUCUUUUCUUUCUUUCAGAAAAUCCUUUCAAAAUCCUUUCAAAUCUUUUUUUUUCCUUCAUUUAUAUCUCCUUCAUUCUUUCAAAUCCUUUCUUUUCCUUCAGUUCGUCAUCAUGAAAAUCCUUUCAAAUUCCUUCUUUUCAUUCUUUUCUUUCUUCAGUAUAAGGCCUUCCUUCUUUCUUUCUUUCUUUCUUUUUUCUUUCUUUCGUCAUCAUGCCUUUCCUUUCCUUUCACUUUCCUUCUUUUAAGGCAUUCUCUUUUUCUUUCACUUUCCUUCAGUAUAAGGCACUUCAGAAAAUCCUUUCUUUUCUUUCUUUCCUUCAAAAAUCCUUUCAAAUCCUUUCCUUCCUUUCCUUUCUUUCUUUAUAAGGCACAUCAGAAAAUCCUUUCUCCUUUCACUUUCCUUCAGUUUUCCUUUCAAAUCCUUUCACUUUCCUUCAGUAUAAGGCACAGCAGAAAAAUCCUUUCUUCCUUUCACUUUUCCUUCAGUAUAAGGCUUCCUUUCAAAUUUUCACUUUCCUUCAGUAUAAGGCCAUCCUUUCAUUCCUUUCACUUUCCUUCAGUAUUCUUUUCUUCCUUUCAAAUCCUUUCACUUUUCCUUCAGUAUAAGGCACAGCAGAAAAUCUUUCUUUUCUUUUCCUUCUUUAAGGCGUCAUCAUUUCAAUCCUUUCCUUCAGUUCCUUUUUUCAUUUUCUCUUUCCUUCAGUAUAAGGCACUUCAGAAAAUCCUUUCAAAUCUUUUUCUUUCUUUCCUUCAGUAUAAGGCACUGCAGAAAAUCCUUUCAAAUUCUCUUUCACUUUCCUUCAGUAUAAGGCACUGCAGAAAAUCCUUUCAAAUUCUUUCACUUUCCUUCUUCAGUAUAAAGUCAUCAGCAGAAAAUCCUUUCAAAUCUUCCUUUUCCUUCAGCACAGCUUUCAAUCCUUUCAAAAGGCAUUUCCUUCAGUUCUUUCUUUCUUUCCUUUCUUUCUUUCUUUCCUUCAGUAUAAGGCACAGCAAAAAUCCUUUCAAAUCCUUUCCUUUCCUUCAGUAUAAGGCACUUUUUUCUUCCUUUAUUUCUCCUUCAGUAUUCACUGCGAAAAUCUUUCUUUCCUUUCUUUUCCUUCAGUUUAAGGCACUCAUUCCAAUCCUUUCAAAUCCUUUCACUUUCCUUCUUUAUAAGGCACUGAAAAUCCUUUCAAAUCCUUUCUUUUCCUUCAGUAUAAGGCCUUCUUUCUUUCCUUUUCUUUCUUUUUUCUUCAGUAUAAGUCACAUGCAUCCUUUCAAAAUUCCUUUCUUUUCAUUCUUUUUUUCUUCAGUAUAUCACCACAGCAGAAAAUCCUUUCUUUCCUUUCUUUCUUUCCUUUCAGUCAUAAGGCACUUCCUUUCAAAUCCUUUCACUUUCCUUCUUUAUAAGGCACAGCAGAAAAUCUUUCAAAUCCUUUCACUUUCCUUCAGUAUAAGGCACAGCAGAAAAUCCUUUCAAAUCCUUUCACUUUCCUUUCAGUAUAAGGCACAGCAGAAAAUCCUUUCAAAUCCUUUCACUUUCCUUCAGUAUAAGGCACUUUCAGAAAAAUUUUCAAAUCCUUUCACUUUCCUUUCACUCAGAAAAUCCUUUCUUUCCUUUCACUUUCCUUCUUAUAAGGCACUCAGAAAAUCCUUUUCCUUUCUUUCCUUCUUUAUAAGGCACUGCAGAAAAUCCUUUCCUUUCACUUUCCUUCCUUCUUUUCAUUUUCUCUUUUUUUCCUUCAUUUAUAUCCUCCUUCCUUCUUCCUUUCUUUUCUUUCUUUCCUUCUUUCGGCAUCAUCCUUUCAAAUCCUUUCACUUUCCUUCUAUAAGGCACUCAUUCUUUUUUUCUUAUUUAUAA